UCUUUGUUCCCAACUGAAGGCCGUGGCUUUUUAAAUUCGCUGCUCCAGGCCAGGAACACACAGCUCUACUGGCUGUUCUCUGGCUCCUUCUUUAGCCCUUUGAGAUCCUUCUCAGAUUUUUGCAAUCACCUCGUUUCAUCCGCAUACGAAAUGCAGAGGGAAAGAGAAGGCAGAAAUGACCUCUUUGAUAUGGGUGGUUCAUUUGAUGGUUUCCAAAGGUUUGGUAGCUUUGGAUCCCGUAGAACUAUAAUGCCUAGCCUCUUUGGAGGCAGAGAUCCUUUCGAUGAUCCAUUCUUCACUCGUCCACUUGGUAGCAUGUUUGAAUCUAGCAUCUUUGAUCAAAGUGCCACUUCCUGUGAAACACUGGAGAGCGAUGGAGGAAAGGGAAUAGUUAUAGAAGAACUGAACUCUGAUGACGAAGAAGACAUAGGGAAAGAUAAAUGCACCACUGAGCAUGCUGGGUCAGGCAAGGAACCAUCUAUUGAGCACCCAGAUGAUGGUGCUAAUGAUGGGAAGAUUCAGAAUAUGAAUCAUAGGAAUGACUAUGACAGGGUGAAGGGAACGAAGUCACCGGCUCGCAGUUUUAGUGUUCAGACUUGCAAAGUUACAUAUGGUGGUAUAGAUGGAGCUUAUUACACUUCUACCAAAAGCAGGAGGACAGGUGGUGAUGGAGUGGUAAUUGAGGAGAGAAAAGAAGCCGAUAGAACAACAGGUCAAGCAACACAUAGGAUUUCUAGAGGAAUUCAUGAUAAGGGCCAUUCUGUUACAAGGAAGCUCAAUUCAGACGGUAAGGUGGACACAACACAAACAUUACACAACUUGAAUGAAGAUGAGCUUGCGGAAUUUGAAGAGGCUUGGAAGGGUAAUAGUCAGGGUCAUCUGCCUGGUUGGGUUGAUGGAUUUAGCAUGCAUGCAAAUGCUGGAUCUAGAACUGAUGAACGGAUGGGGAAGGCAGUGUGGAACAAUUGGAGACUACCAUUUAGAGAUCAGGCCCGAAACACCAGAGGUAAAGGAGCAGAUAGUGAAGCAGGAACUAAUUCUGGGGGUAGAACCAAGAAAAUUGUUAGGAUUGAUAUAGAAUGAAACUAUGACCAAUUGCUGGUUACUGGUUAUGGCCUUUUUCGGUCCCUUCCCUAGCGUAAAUGAUACCAAAGUAUGGAUCUUUUAUCCAUUUAGGCGAAGCAGGUGCUAACCCGCUAGAUAUGUUUUUGUUUGGUAUUCUCUUAACAGUUGUGCAUUAGACAGUAGAAACUCUUUAUUUGCAAUGCAAGGAUGAAAAAAGUAAAAUGAAAAUAACACAAAGGACAGAACUUCAUUGGUCCUGAAAUUUACCCUUACCGUUCUUUGGAUGUGUUCUUGUUGGUCAGGUUUGUUCUUUUAUGUGUGAGACAGAGAGAGUAAAAUGUCUGAAAAAAGAACCAUGGAUUAUAAAGUGAUAAACCCCAAAUUUUUGGUG